ACACCGCACGGCUUUUCGCGAUCAUGGAGGAAAUCAGGAAUACGUGUUUAUUCCUCGUCCAACAAUACACAAACAUCCAAGCGGACCCAAUUAUCUUACUGCCUCCAACGAAUGUUUGUUUGUGGGGUUGCAAACAGAAGAUCAAGAGCAGAAGCGGGGAGCCAGGCUCGUUGUCACGGCUUUAUACAGAUCACGACUCUUCAGAAAGUUGCACACUGAACGACAUUGACGGUUCGCAGAAAAAAUGCUGGAAAUUCUCGCUUUUGUGCAAACGCUGCGGCUCCCGCUAUUCCUACGCUACUUAUUCAGAGCCGACCUUGAAAGGCCCAGAAAAUAUUUCGCAUUCCAAGCGGCAUUUUUUCUAUGACACUGAAAGAGCGUAUGUAGCUGUGUCAAAUGAAGUUUUUUGGACAAGGCGAUUGUGCAGACUCUUGACAUCUGACAUUUACUGGAAACAUUCCAGUUUUCAAGGUUUCGCAGCAUCUAUGGCUUGGAGUUAUGCGAUUUCGGAAGAUUACAAUCGAAAACAAACUGCCGAGGCCUUUUUUCGGUUUCACAUUGAAGCAGAAAUCCGUGAGCGAAGACUUUUGAAGACUCCAUUUUCCGAACAUAACUACGAUUUGCUCCUACCGUCUCUUAAUGAGUGGAAUCGGCAAAGUCUGUACCCCCACAUCCACACCACUGAAUGUCUCGCGAAGGGUUGCCGAUUUUGCACUUCAUUUGAUGGAAUUUGGAAACUUACACAUUUGACCUGCUCGUUUAAAAUAAUAACCAAAAACCCAGCUUUCGGGGAUCUGAAUUUUCCAUCUGACUGCCCUGAAGAGCCCCUGCCAGGGCUUUUAUUUUGUGGACGACAUGCAGGUGUUGCCGCAGAAAACAAUCUUCCAUUAACACGCAAAGAGCUCAAGCUAUUGACAAAAACUAAAGUCAAUUCGAGUUCCACAGAAGUUACUGCUCUGUCGUUCUCGUCCUGCAACAAGAAUCGGGGCUUGCGUAAAUACAGAAUUGCAAGAUCUAGAGGUUGGCUGUUUGCUGUUUCUUCUGCUGGAAUCAUCCGGACGUUUCGACCGCUUUAUGGAUCAGAAUCUUCCUCUCAAGUUUUUUACGCAAUGGCACAGUAUUUGCUCCUGGAAAUUGGAGAUGACGAAAAGUGGACCGAAGAGGAACGGCGAAAAUUUGUGGUUGCAUAUGAUGACAUUUGCCACGUUGAUGGAUUGCUGCAGGCAAGAAACGACUUGCCGUUUUCUGGGAGCGGAAUCAAUUUAUGGCGAAAUGUGGUCAAAAUUAUUGAUCGCUUCCACAUUGGAAAUCACAAAAAGCAGUGUCAAAGUGUGUAUAAUCCGUCAAAAUUACUUGACGUUCAUGGUCUGAAUUGCCAGUUUAACACUGAAACUUGCGAACAAGUCUUGUCUAAAUUUGGUAAAUACAAACAAAGCGCUUUCAUGAUGGGAAAGCAACGUCAAGAGUUUUUUCUGAAUCGAAUGGUUAAAAUUCAUAAUUCUAUUGUGGAACAAUCUUUAGCGCAAGGAAGAGAGCAUCUGCAUUUCAAUGGUAGACGAAGAUGUAACAAUUUCUAAAAAUUGCUGCUGUGUUGCGGAUCUGUCCUCGUUACGAAUUAAAAGGUCGCCAGAAUAUCUAAAGUACUGGCUACUGGUUAGAAAGGCCAUAUAUUGGGCAGAAGUGGUUAAUAUUGGUCAUUAUUGG